AUGUCGGCCAAGGACUACUACGGAGGUCAGGGUGGUGGCUACCCUCAACAACAACAACAACAGGGUUACGGCCAAGGCUACGGUGGUCAGCCCCAACAGGGUUACUACCCUCCCCCUCCUCAGCAGGCUUACGGUGGCCAGCCCCAGCAAGGCUACUACCCUCAGCCCCAGCCUCAGCCCGUAUACGUUCAGCAGCCACAGAAGAAGGGUGGCGGAGGAGGCGGAACAGCCUGCUGCGCGUGCUGUGCCGGUAUGCUCGCCUGUUGCUGUCUUGAGGAUCUCUGUCUCGACUGCAUGUUCUGA